AAAAAUCGGAUUGUUUUGUAUUAAAACUAAAAUGAAACUGCGCUUGCAGCUGGUGAACGGUUGUCUGAGGCAGCAGUGGCGCAACCAGAGCAAGGCAGCCUCCUCCACUGCUGCUGCUGCUCAUGCUGCAAACACUCGCUCUGCUGUCACCCAAUCCACAACAACAACAAAUAAACCAAUUCAGGGUCCACGUGAAACUUUUGUGGAGCGCGUCGAACGAGGACCUGGUCUGAGAGAUUUCUUCAGCGUAAAGCCAAGGCGAAGACUAAGCAAGGAGGAGGAAGAGGACUCGCAGGCAGUGGACAACAGCAUACCAUAUUUGAGUGCCAUAGACUACAAUGGGCAGGGAAGGCGGGUGCACUUUGAGGUAUAUGGCUGCCAGAUGAACACAAACGACACGGAGGUGGUGUGGAGCAUUCUCCACGAGAAUGGCUAUCAGCGAUGCGAGGAUGUUGCCAGUGCCGAUGUCGUUAUGCUGGUGACGUGCGCCGUGCGCGACGGUGCCGAGCAAAAGAUCUGGCAUCGCUUGCGGCACCUGCGUGCGUUGAAGGAGCGACGCGGCACCAGGCGACAUCCGUUGCAGUUGACGCUGCUGGGCUGCAUGGCCGAGCGACUGAAGGAGCGCCUGCUCGAGCAGGAGCAGUGCGUCGAUGUGAUCGCGGGCCCAGACAGCUACAAGGAUCUACCCCGGCUGCUGGCCGUUGCCCGGCACUACGGCAACUCGGCGAUCAAUGUGCUGCUCUCGCUGGACGAAACCUAUGCGGAUGUGAUGCCCGUGCGCCUCAACUCCGACUCGCCCACAGCCUUCGUGUCCAUCAUGCGGGGCUGCGACAACAUGUGCACCUACUGCAUUGUGCCCUUCACACGGGGACGCGAACGUUCCCGUCCCCUCGACUCGAUUGUGCGUGAGGUGCGCACACUGCAGCAGCAGGGUGUCAAGGAGGUGACCCUGCUCGGCCAGAAUGUCAACUCGUACAGGGACAGAAGUGGCGAGAACAACCAAGCCACAACCGAUGGCAACAUGGCAUCCGGAUUCAGCACAGUGUACAAACCGAAAACGGGCGGAUUACCAUUCGCGGUGUUGCUGCAAAGUGUGGCGGAGGCUGUGCCGGAGAUGCGUAUACGGUUCACAUCGCCGCAUCCCAAAGACUUCUCCGACGAGGUGUUGCGCGUGAUACGCGACUAUCCCAAUGUCUGCAAGCAGCUGCAUCUGCCCGCCCAGUCGGGCAACACAGCAGUCCUCGCCCGCAUGCGACGUGGCUACACUCGCGAUGCCUACUUGCAGCUGGUGACGCACAUCCGUCAGAUGCUGCCCGAGGUGGGCCUUUCGAGUGACUUCAUUUGCGGCUUCUGUGGCGAAACGGAGGCCGAGUUCGAGGAUACUGUGACGCUCAUCGAGAGCGUGCGUUAUAAUGUCGCCUUCCUGUUCGCCUACAGCAUGCGCGAGAAGACCACCGCCCACAGACGCUAUGUGGACGAUGUGCCAACCGCAGUGAAGACUGCUCGACUGCAGCGCAUGGUACAGGCUUUCCGGGCUGGUGCCACACAUUUGCACAAACGUUUCGAGGGACAGCAGCAGCUCAUCUUAAUCGAGGGCAAAAGCAAACGAUCCGAUAGCCACUGGUUCGGACGCAAUGAUGCUAACAUUAAGGUAAUUGUGCCUGCCGCCUCCAUACCCACCACAGCAGAUGCAGGCGAGAGCAGUAGGAGGAACAUUGGCGUGGGAGAUUUCGUGGUUGCACGCAUCGUGGAGUCCAAUUCGCAGGUGCUGAAGGGUAUACCGCUGCACAUGAGCAGCAUUAGUGAUUACAGAACAAGUUGAAUUGAAUGUGGACACAAUAAAGGCUGGAGGCUAGGUUUAAUCAAACUUAAA